UGACUCCUCUCCUGGUCGCUCUGUAAACCGACACCUGCUAGACAUAUUUAACAGCUCUGCUCUAGUCAAGAAGGGGAUGAAGCAAAAUCAGAGUGCAACCAAGCAGCCUACCGUGUCACUGCGAGUUGACAUGUCAGACUAUGAAGUGUCAGUGCAGCAGCUCAAUGAUCUGUGUGCCAACGUUGACGGUUACUACAGCAUGCCAACACACCAUGUCGACGAGGUGUUCCCCAGGAUAUAUGUUGGAAAUGCUAUUGUGGCCAUGAACACGAUGCGUCUGAAGAAGCUAGGCAUCACCCACAUUCUGAAUGCAGCGGAAGGCAACUCCUUCAUGCACGUUAACACCAAUGCAGAGUUCUACGCUGGCACAGGCAUCACAUACCACGGCAUGGGCGCCAGUGACACAGACCACUUUGACCUCAGCAUCUACUUCGAGGAGGGGGCGAACUUCAUCGAGAAGGCCUUGGCACACAAUGAUGGGAAGGGUAAAGUGUACGUCCACUGCAGAGAGGGCUACAGCCGCUCCCCAACACUGGUCAUCGCCUACCUGAUGUUGCGCCACAGGAUGGACAUUCAGUCCGCCCUGUCUGUGGUACGACAGAAGAGAGAGAUCGGCCCUAACGAUGGCUUCCUGCGCCAGCUGUGUCGCCUCAACGAAACUCUGGCGGCCGAAGGAAAGUUCUGGAACCAAUGACGGUUUUCUUUCCCCUGUACUCGUACCUUACAAGUAUGUACAGAUAAACAGCCACGUGAAAGAGUGUAGGUAUUCAGGACACCUGGAAAGUAUGUACCUGUAAAUGUACAAAGAUACGCACAUUCACUGACUGCCAUCCUUGACUUGUAGGCUGGCUCAAGCAUGGCUUGUCCUUUGAUUUAAAUUCAGAAAGACACUGUAUUCAAGUGAAAGGGAAUACUUAGUCAGUUGUAAAACUGAAUGCAUUCAAAUGAAAUGUGUAUUCUGCAUUUAACCCAACCCCUCUCAAUCAGGGAGGAACCCUCACACUCAGGAACAAUCCCUACAACUCCCCCUCUGUCUCGCCAUCCAAUUCCUUCCUUCCUUCACACUGCUAGUCUUUUCUAGCCUCUGUGCUGUGGAGCUUGCAUCUACUCGUCAAGGUGAUUUCUAGAGAACCAUUGAAUGGUUAUGUUAUCAGGUUUACUUUUCCUGCUGCUCCAUUUGAGUGUCUAAAUAAGAAAUAGUUCUCAUUUUGCUGUAGCAUGUUUUUUUUUGCACAUUUAUGAGAAACUAUCAUGGUUUACAUAUGGCCCACAGUCUAACUGAGAUCAUGGUAUAUUCUUACACACACACACGACAUGAGGACUAAACUAAGGCCCCUGACCAAUCGUUUGUAUGACAUGCAGUCCUCCCAAUCCCAUCUGUCUAUAAUAUUAUUUCACAUCUUCCCACUGCUGGUAACACAGAUCAUGUGACACACCAAAUUAACGUAUAUUCAAAAGUAUAUUCGAUUACUUUUUAGUUAGAAGAGAUUUAUGUAGUAUUGAUAUGGUUAACCUACAGUACCAGUCAAAAGUUUGGACUCACCUACUCAUUCAAGGCUUUUUCUUUAUAUGUUCUAUUUUCUACAUUGUAGAAUACUAGUGAAGAGAUCAAAACUAUGAAAUAAAAAAUAUAAAAGCAUAGUAACCAAAAAAAAGUGUUAAACAAAUAAAAAUAUAGUUUAUCUUUGAGAUUUUUCAAAGUAGCCACCCUUUGCCUAAUAAAGGUAAAAAUAAAUUGCCUUGAUGACAGAUUUGCACACUCUUGGCAUUCUCUCAACCAGCUUCACCUGGAAUGCUUUUCCAACAGUGGUCCAACUCAUCUCUGCGGUCCAACUCAUCCCAAACCAUAUCAAUUGGGUUGAGGUCAGGUGAUUGUGGAGGCCAGGUCAUUUGAUGCAGCACUAGAUCACUCUCCUUCUUGGUCAAAUAGCUCUUACACAGCCUGGAUGUAUGUUGGGUCAUUGCCUGGAGGUAUGUUGGGUCAAACAAAUGAUAGUCCCACCUAAACACAAACCAGAUGGUAUGGCAUACCGCUGCAGAAUGCUGUGGCAGCCAUGCUGGUUAAGUGUGCCUUGAAUUGUAAAUAAAUCACUGACAGUGUCACACCUCCUCCUCCAUGCUUCACGGUGGGAACCACACAUUCAGAGAUCAUCUGUUCACCUACUCUGCGUCCCACAAAGACAUGGAAGUUGGAACCAAAAAUCUCAAAUUUGGACUUGUCUACAUUACAUUUACAUUUAAGUCAUUUAGCAGACGCUCUUAUCCAGAGCGACUUACAAAUUGGUGCAUUCACCUUAUGACAUCCAGUGGAACAGCCACUUUACAAUA